AAAUAAAGGAACCAUAUAUAAACAAACCUUUUGUGCGUUUGUGAGGAGUGGGAUCGAAGAGAAUAAUGGCUUCUCAGAUUGCAAGAAGAGUCCUUGAGCGUAAUCCAUGCGGUGCUAGGAGGUUUUUCUCCAGUGAAUCCAAUUUGAUCCGUGCUACUCUCUUCCCGGGCGAUGGUAUUGGCCCUGAAAUUGCUGAAUCCGUCAAGCAGAUUUUCAAGACUGCUGAGGUACCAAUUGAAUGGGAAGAACACUAUGUGGGGAAGGAGAUAGACCCUAGAACCAAUAGUUUUUUAACAUGGGAAAGUCUUGAAUCAGUGAGACGGAAUAAGGUUGGUUUGAAAGGGCCAAUGGCCACACCUAUUGGGAAAGGUCAUCGUUCCUUGAACCUUACGUUGAGGAAAGAGUUAAAUCUAUAUGCCAAUGUUAGACCUUGCUACAGUCUACCUGGAUACAAGACACGCUAUGAUAAUGUUAAUCUCAUCACUAUUAGAGAAAACACGGAAGGAGAGUACAGUGGUCUUGAGCAUCAAGUAGUGAGGGGUGUGGUUGAAAGUCUCAAGAUCAUCACUCGUCAAGCAAGCUUAAGGGUUGCAGAGUACACGUUUCACUAUGCCAAGGCUCAUGGAAGAGAGAGAGUUUCUGCAAUUCACAAAGCUAACAUCAUGCAAAAGACUGAUGGUCUUUUCCUUAAGUGUUGCCGAGAGGUAGCAGAGAAGUACCCUGAGAUAAAGUAUGAGGAAGUUGUCAUUGACAAUUGUUGUAUGAUGCUUGUGAAAAAUCCAGCACUUUUUGAUGUUUUGGUGAUGCCUAACCUUUACGGUGACAUUAUCAGUGACCUUUGUGCUGGUCUGAUCGGUGGUUUGGGCUUAACUCCAAGUUGCAAUAUUGGUGAGGGAGGUAUUGCUCUUGCCGAGGCUGUGCAUGGUUCAGCACCUGAUAUUGCUGGAAAGAACUUGGCAAACCCAACUGCUUUGCUUUUGAGUGCUGUAACCAUGCUACGUCAUUUGGAGCUUCAUGAUAAAGCUGAUCGUAUCCAAGAUGCUAUCCUAAAAACAAUUGCGGAAGGGAAGUACCGAACAGGUGACCUUGGCGGUACUUCAUCAACUACUGACUUCACAAAUGCCAUCUGUGACCAUCUUUAACAUGCUCAUCCAUAUGUAUAUUCAAUUUUUGCAAUGGUUCGACAUAAUGUGUAUGUUUCAAAUAUACAAUUGAAAUAAUUUAUUUUGGUGACUCAAACAACAUUACUUUGGGUUUAGGGUUUCAGGGUUUAGGGUUUAGUGUUUGCAAAAAUUGAUUGACUUUUCUUUUUGACGUUAAUUUUAUUCAACUUUUGCAAAAA